AUGUCACAACAGCAGAUAUCAGCCAAGAAGCAGCAAGAGCUUCAAACACAGUACUCCAACUACAAAGAAACUCUCCAAGCAAUCGCACAGAAAAUCGGCGACGUUGAGCAAGAAGCCGAAGAACACAAGCUCGUGCUAGAGACGCUCACACCGUUGCCGKCGGAACGGAAGUGCUUCCGAAUGAUCAAUGGCAUUCUCGCGGAAAGAACGGUGAGCGAUGUGCUUCCCGCUCUUCAGACCAACGCGGAUGGCUUGAAGAAGGUUCUGGACGACCUGGUCAAGCAAUAUACCGCCAAGCAGGCGGAUCUGGAGAAGUGGAAGAAGAAGAACAACAUCCAAGUCGUGCAGCAAUAA